AUAUUAGAAAAACCUCCUCUAUAGUCACAACAUAUGACUUUUUUUAUAAUCACAUCCUUUUUUUCGGUACAACCUUAAUCAUUUUCUUCUGGAGUAAAAUUUCAAUAGUUGUGUCAUAUAUAACAAAUGAGCAGUUGUUCACUCUUUAUUCUACAUUAUAAUUAGUUUUUAUUACCAUACAAUGUAAUGUGAUAUUGUGACAAGACCGUAAGAAUUAUUACGAAAAAAAAGAUAAUAAAUAUUAUGUAACCGCGAUUAUCGAAAAAGUAUUUUCUUUGUUUUAAAUCUAAAAUGGCAUUAUGACGUAUUUAUUACGAUAGUUGUCCAGAAAUAUCAUAUAAACAAGCACGUCUCUAGUAACAGUUGAUUAUCCGAAGUUUAGGCGGUUACAAGAUUUAAGCUUUGGUAAAUUAGAGUUUUAGAGAAGUUUAAGCUUGUUAAAAAUAGGUAAAGAGAGGAAAAUGUCCAGUGCAAGCUCAUCACAACGAUGCAUUCUUGCAGUUGGAAAUACGGGGAAUGGAAAAAGCUUUACAGCAACAAUUUUUGGAGCACAAAAUGUGAAAAUCGGACAUACAACCAAGUCUGAAACUCAAACAAUUACGGUUUAUGAUAUCAAAGGAGGUUUCUACAUUGAUACACCUGGGCUCGAUGAUUCUGAUGAAGAUAAGAACGAUGAUGAAACUGUGCGUUUGAUUUAUCUUAAAAUGGUGGAAAAGGGUAUUCGGAAUUUAACAACAAUCUUGUGGUUUGUAAUGCCUGAUGCUAGAGCGAAAGGCUCAUACAAACGUCAAGCAAGAUUUAUAGAAUCUUUGGCUAAAUACCAUAUUGGAAAAAAUGUAUGGGAUAAUACCAUUAUCGUUACUAAAGGUGAUAGAAUUGAAAACGGCCCUCGUGAUGCUGCCAAUGAAAUAAGAGAACAUAAUGAUAACUUACUUUCAAACACUGGCGAAUUUAAUAUUUUGUUGUAUGAAAGUUUACUACCUACAAACGUUUAUGUUCAAAUGGAACUCACAAGUGAACGAUUAAACACGUUUGGUGUUUUUAAAGAAUCGGAACCAGAACGAAUCCUCGCAAAGUACGAAUCAUUAAUAGAGGGACAUCUCGAGAAUCCGGUAUGUCUCAACCUUAGAAAAGUAAAGUGUUCUAAGUGUUCCGAAGAAACUGAUCCAAGGUUAGCGUCUCUUAAAUGUCAUACGGAAAUAGAGUUAAUUCAUCCAGCUACAGAGGAUGUUCAUCGUGGAAAUGUAAUAAAAAUACAUCCAUCUUCCAAUUAUCGUAAGCAUUCUGAUUACUAUGUUGAAGCUACAACGAGACAGGAGUUUGACGAUAGUCCUCAAGCUUGGACGGUUCGUGCUUUUUCUUUUGGAGGAGUAAAUCCUACUAGAUCCGUAUUUGUACCUGGGUACUGGAAGUGUUGUGGUAAUAACGAUGCUAAUUCAUCUGGGUGCAAGCAAGUUUAUCAUUGUUGCGAAAGAGAUUAUCAAUCUUCUGGAUGUCAAAAAAUUUUUGAUGAAUGCAAACAUAAUUAUGGCGGAACACCUUGUCUUACAAUUUGUAAAGACUGUAAGGAAAGGUCUGAUACAGUAGGUUGCAAGGAGAAGUGUAAGGAUUGCAAUAAUGAUAAUCCACAUAAUACGAAAGGAUGUACCCAUAUAUCUCAUAAUUUCCCCAAUUGAGAUAUUUAUUGAAAAUGAAGUAAAUUUACAUACUCUUGAAAUUGAGACCUCAAGUACUUGUUAUUAUACAAUUAGGACAUUAGAAUUGUAUAGAAUAUUUUAUCGCAACGAAUUAUUUUUUAGGAAUGAGAAAUAUAUAUAUAAAAUAAAUGAUGCUUUUUUCCCUUUCUAGUGUAGUUUUAUCAAAAUCAUGAAUUAGCUGUGGUUAAAUAAUAAAAAAUAUGAUUU